CCAUAGAAGUUUACAUAGGUUAUCACACUGCCGGUGUAGUACUCACUUCAUAUGUUUAUCUCCUAAAAAACAAUUUUUAUUGAAUUUGUGUGUUUGUGAUCAACACUCUCCGUUCGUUCGUUCGCUCGUUCACAUCAAAUCAACAUAAUUUAGCCAAAUUACGUUAUCAUUUUUUCACUCGCAGUAAAAUUCGUUCGCACAAUGUCAUCCGUGGCCUUAAAAGAAGUCUCGUCGAACAAAUGUCAAGGCGGCUUCCAGAAAGUUUUCACGCAUAAUUCCAAAGAAGUGGGAUGUGAGAUGCGCUUUGGUGUCUAUUUGCCGCCGCAAGUGCUGGAGGAACAGAAAAAAUGUCCCGUUCUCUUGUGGUUGAGCGGAUUGACGUGCACCGAGCAGAAUUUCAUCUCGAAAUCCGGCUUUCAAGAGAGUGCAGCGGAAUUUGGAUUUAUUGUUGUUGCUCCGGAUACGUCGCCACGUAAUUUGAAUCUACCUGGGGAAAGUGAUUCGUGGGAUUUUGGACAAGGAGCGGGAUUUUACGUGGAUGCCACUGUCGAUCCGUGGAAGAAAAAUUAUCGCAUGUAUUCGUACGUGACGAAGGAAUUGUUUGAUUUGGUAAAUGCGAGUUUCCCAACGUUGCCCGAGAAAUGGGGAAUUUUCGGACACAGCAUGGGAGGUCAUGGAGCAUUGACCUGCUUCUUCAAAAAUCCCGAAAAAUUCAAAAGUGUCUCGGCUUUUGCUCCAAUUUGCAAUCCCAUCAAUUGUCCUUGGGGUCAAAAAGCUUUCGCGGGAUAUUUGGGCGACAAGGAUAAAGAGGCAUGGAAGCAAUAUGACGCUUCUGAGUUAGUAAAAGUCUAUAAAGGACACGAUGUUGAAAUUUUAGUCGAUCAAGGAGAUGCUGAUGACUUUUACAAACAAGGCCAAUUAUUGCCCGAAAAUUUGGUCAAAGCCAGCGAUGUCAAUGAAAAAGUCUCGUUGAACGUCAAGAUGCGUGAAGGAUACGAUCACUCUUAUUACUACAUCGCCUCGUUCAUCAGCGAUCAUUUCGAGCAUCACAACAAAUGGCUCGUCGAAGUCGAUGAAACGCUCAAAAAACUCGGCGCUUAAAGUUUUGUUCAACAAAAAGUUCUAUUCAUCGUCAAAUAAAAUUCUUUUCUUAUACAAAAA